CCUCAGGUUUCAGCAGUAAAGUUUCGUUCGUUCAGCGCGUGAUAAUUUGUGCUAGGGAUAUUUUGAUAUUCUGAUCACGCUAUUAUGAAAGGACUGAUUGUAUUAAACUAUUAUAUUACCAACACGGUACACGCUAUAAAACACUCCUUUAGCGGAGUGAAGCUACAGUGUAGAACUUUGUUCCGUUCAGUGUGUUAGAAUAUUUCAUAGCUCUUUACUUCUCGAUCUGGUGAAUAUUGUACACAUCACAUCCUCGCAUCCUGUGCUGUUAUACUAACCCCUUAAAGUAACCGCCAGAUGUUCACGGAGAAUAAAACACUGAUCCUCUUCAGCGCAGUCAUCGCCCUCCUUGCCACUUCUCUCUACACAUGGUACCCAACAACAACCACUAUUCGGCUCCCUAAUCCAGCUAAUAUUUCUGACAUUCCAAACGUCGUUUACUUGACAGAGGACAUGGUAGAUCAUAUUCCAGGGGUCAUGGGAGGAGAAUCUCUAGUGAAAUAUAAGGGAGAUAUCGUUACAGGGACCUUAGACGGAUAUCUAGUUGGAAUAGACCCUGAUAACCUGGAUAUAAAGUGGAGGAUAAAAUGUCCGCUAUCGGAGUCUGGUGGUAAAUGUAGGAUUCUAGGGUUGAGAGUAGUGGGGGAUGAUUUGUUUGGACUGGAUCUUUACGGGCGUCUGUUUAAGUUUAAAUCAGAGGAAUUUAAGUGGUUGCUCGACUCCAACUCCCCAGAGAUAUCAAGCCUUAGUCCUGGUUUUUUCAAUGACUUGGUACUUGUCAGAGAUAUGAUCUAUAUAACAGACUCGUUCACUUUCCGAGAAGACAGAAAACAUCUAAAUAUGUUCCAAAGGUUCUACAGUUUUGAGCCUGAUGGUAAGAUUAUAGCCUACAACAUGAAGUCGGGAGAAGCUUCGGUAUUCGCUGAUAAUCUUAUAACUCCUAACGGGAUUGAACUGCAUCGUAAUGGCAGGUCCCUCUUAGUAGCAGAAGGGAGCAUGUUCCGGAUUAGGGCAGUAGACCUGGAAGGGUGUUCAAAUGUUGGGGUGUUCAGUGAAGGAGGCACUCUCGGAGCUGUGGAUAAUAUCCGGAGAGGUUCUAAAGGGUUCUGGGUAGGAGUAUCCACAGGCCGGACAACAGACAGUCAUAUCUCCGACCUCCUCACUUCAUACCCUCUUCUCCGGCAUCUAGUGACCCAGUACCGUGUCUUCUCCCCACUUCUCUCAUACUAUUCUAGAACCUUCACGGAGGAACCAAGGUUUUAUAAAGUUGACGAGGGUGGUGUUGUGGAGAAGGUCGUGUUUGGGGACAAGAGGUUUACGGAGACUAAUGCUUUUAGUGAAGUUUUGGAGGUUGGGAAGUACCUAUUUGUUGGGUCUCCUUUCUCUAGGAGUAUUUUUAGAGUUACUUUGUGACGACUGACGGUCUUCAUUCCUUAGAAAAUGAUUAGCAAAUGGUACUAUACCAGAAAGCCAAGGGUCGAUUGAGUCCUCGGCCUCGGCCUCGGUUUUACCAGGGAAUAGCGAUUUUUCCUCGGCCUCGGUCAGGAGGACAAUUCCUCGGUUUGCCUCGGCCUCGGUUUUAUCAAACCAAAAUUUCCUCGGCCUCGGUCACAAAUCCUGCCCUCGGUCGACCCUUGCAGAAAGCUUUAUCUCGGUUGGCUGAGAAUUGUUGUCGCAAAUCUCCAGACUGUAAGACGUAAGUUCAGAUUGGGAGAAACAGACAAUUAUGCUUUACUAAUUGAUUGCGGUGACUGGAUAAUCGUGCAAGAGAAUCUCUUCGCGGUUUUCAAAUUGUGUAUUAUCUUAUGAACUUCAAAGAGUAAAAUGACACAGCCAAAAGAUGUUUGGUCACAUCAUCAGAUUGUUGUUACCCUGAUACAGUACACCCUAUCACAGUAUCAGUUAUCAGUGUAUCAGAAUAAUUUUAAUUGAAUUACCUUGAAAUACCAUGGCUUCACGACUGAGCACGCUGUAUCAUAUUUAUCUCGAAGUCUUUUUAUUUUGUUUGCUCUCUCAUUUUUAUUUGACGAUGUGGUACAUAAAUUAACUUAUUAUCUUACAGUAUUGAUUUAAUACAAUUUUUAACAUACCAAAAAUUUGUUUUUUUGAGUGAGAAUUAUAAAAAAAGCUGUUUCUCCCAUAAGCUAGGUCUUUCCCAGAAUGUUGAACAUAGCUGAAAAUGUUUGGUUAUUUCUGGUUGAUGCUGUUUCUUUUUUCUUGGUUUGUGGAAUUUACCUCGGCUUCAAAAGUUCAACAUCGCUACCAAUCUACUCAGAAGAGUUUGUAAAGAAUGAUGUAGAUUACAUGGUUAGUGCCUACUCCGCCUAAUCGUACAUCAAUGAUAGCAAAUGUAGAUAUUGCGGAAUGAUUCAAUGGUAUGAUUAGUGAUUAGUGAUUACAGCUAUACUAUUGUUUGGCAAACAAGUCGGAUAUCAAUUGUGGUUCAUAGCUAAGCCAGGUGCCAAACAGGUUUGGCACAUCAAACCACAAGUAAUUAUAUUUUAAACAUCCUGAUUUAGUGGGUGUGUCAUUCAU